GUAUUCAUAUUAUUCACCAUGGCUGCUACCUUAGCCCAAAGCCAAAGCACGAGAGUCGGAUAUUAUUCAAGUACAUGCCCUCGAGCUGAGUCCAUUAUGAGGUCAAUGGUUCAAGCUCAUGUUCGAUCUAAUCUAACAAUUGCUCCUGGUUUGUUAAGAAUGCAUUCCCAUGAUUUCUUUUUUGAAGGUUAUGAUGCUUCUAUUCUUAUUGAUGGACCUAACUCUAAAAAAACUACCCCACAAAACAAUCUAUUGAGAGGAUAUGAAGUUAUUGAUGAUGCCAAGACACAGCUUGAGGCUGCAUGCCCUGGUGUUGUCUCUUGUGCUGACAUUCUUGCAUUAGCUACCCAAGAUUCUGUUGUUCUGACAAAUGCAAGUUGGCAAGUACCUACAGGUCGCAAAGAUGGGUGGGUCUCAUUAGCUUCUAAUUCUUCUAAUUUGACAGGUGCCAGAGACUCCAUUGAAGUGCAAAAGGCAAAGUUUUCUACUUUUGGUCUCAAUACUCAAGAUCUUGUUACCCUUGUUGGAGGACACACCAUAGGUACUUCAGCUUGCCUACUCUUCCAUAACAAACUCUAUAAUUUCACUACUACUAGAAGUGGUGUUGAUCCCUCAAUUAAUCCUACAUUUCUUCCUCAAUUUCAAGCACUCUGCCCAAAAAAUGGUGAUACCACUAGACGCGUUGCAUUAGACACUGGGAGUCCUACAAGAUUUGAUACAUCUUUCUUUGGAAAUUUGAGGAAUGGUAGAGGUGUACUAGAGUCUGAUCAAAAUUUAUGGAUUGAUGCUUCAACUAGAAGUAUUGUUCAGCGCUUCUCGCAAGGAUCAAGUUUCAAUGUGGAGUUAGGAAGAUCCAUGGUGAAGAUGAGUAAAAACGGUGUCAAGACGAAUACUAACAGGGAAAUUUGUAGAAUAUGCUCAACAAUAAACUUGUUGAUGCUUGAUUUUGACACCAACGACUCACACGUACAAAGUGCUAUGCAGACUUAG